AUGCAAGAGUAUCGUAAUCAAAGGAAGUGCAUUGUAGUGGAGGUUGGUGGGAUACAGUUUUGCAUUUCAGAUUGUCGUGUUUAUAAGGCUUCUCCCCAGCCAAACCGGUUUUGCCCCACUAGGUUGAGUCACUACCGGCGAGCUCGAAAGUUGCAAGACCAAGCUUUUACAGCGGAUGCACGAAUCGAAGGGAAGGAAGAGAUGGACGCCCGUACCAAAAGCGGUUUUAAGAGAUUAAAGGGAGCUAAGGAAAUAUGGAUAUGGACCUUUACAAGCAUCAGCGUCAACCUAACCUGCAAUAUUGCUGCGGCAUUAAGAAUGCGUCAGUUCAUCGAGAUUGUAACAGCUGAGAAAUAA